CUCUCUCUUUCGCUUUCGAUUCCCGCAGACGGCAGAGCGCGGCCUCGGGGACUGAGUAACACGGGACCGGCGGGGAGACUGCGGGGGCCGGGGAGACUGGGCGGGGGAACUGCGUGUCGGUUCUCCGGGGCAAGUAAAGGAGUCAGUGUCAGGGAUCAAAACCCGGGGUGAGAGGUGGGAGCCAGUGUCCAGGGUCGUUGCCCGGGGUGAGGGGUCGUUGCCCGGGGUGAGGGGUCGUUGCCUGGGGUGAGGGGUCAUUGCCCGGGUGAGGGGUCGUUGCCCGGGUGAGGGGUCGUUGCCUGGGUCAGGGGUCGUUGCCUGGAGUGAGGGGUCGUAGUCCGGGUGAGGGGUCGUAGUCCGGGUGAGGGGUCGUUGCCCGGGUGAGGGUCGUUGCCCGGGUCAGGGGUCAUUGCCCAGGUCAGGGUUUGUUGCCUAGGUCAGGGGUCGUAGUCCGGGUGAGGGGUCGUAGUCUGGGUGAGGGGUCGUUGCCCGGGUCAGGGGUCAUUGCCCGGGUCAGGGGUUGUUGCCCGGGUCAGGGGUCGUAGCCCGGGUGAGGGGUCAUUGCCUGGGUGAGGGGUGAUCAUGGACGAGAUGGAAGAGCUGAACUGCUCCAUCUGCCAGUGUCCGUUCCGUUGCCCAGUCACCACGGGGUGUGGCCACAGCUUCUGCUCAGAAUGCCUGCAGGACCACUGGGGGCGGCAGACCAGCCCCAGCUGCCCACUGUGCCGACACCCCUACCCAGAGCGGCCCAAGCUCUCCAAGAGUGUGGCACUCAGCCGCAUCUGUGAGUGGCUGCAGACCGUGGGGAGCAAGGCUCCGCCCGAUGACCUCUGUCCCCUGCCCGGGUCCCAGCUGCAGGAAAGUAGGGCACUGGCCGAUGACCUCUGCUCCAUCGAAGAUGAAGAGACUCGGGGCUCGGUACGCCAGGAGCUGCAGCUUGUGGAGUCGAGGCUGAGAGCAGUGUGGGAGGCAGAGGCUGCGCUGACCGAGAGGGCCGACUCCCUUCGGGAGUCGAUGUGGCGUGCGCGGGUGCAGUUGGGCCGGGCGCUGGGGGAGGUGGGCCGUCGCAUGGAGGGGACGGUAGCGGAGGAGGGGGAUCGCCUGGAGCAGAGCCGGGCCAAGCUGCGGGAGCGGUGGACGGAGCUCAGCGCCCUGAUACCCCAACAAGGGGCCGCACUGCUGCAGGGCUGGCAGAGACUGGAGCCGUGCCCAGACGGGCUGCUCCUUCCUGCUGGCCAGACAGACGUCUGCGCUGCCCUCACCGCCCUGCAGCAAGUGGUGACGACCGCAGUCGAGCAGCUACAGGCCCAGCUGUGUGGGAGCAGCACACAUGCAGCAGAUCAGGCCGACCAGACGCAAGAUUUGGACGGUCAGACGCCGAGAACAGACACUCAGACGCCGAGACCAGAGGCUCAGACGGCUGGACCAGAUGUUCAAACACUGGGUGUGGACAACGCACACGCAUCUAACAUCCUCCCACCGGCGGCCAGCGCGGACACAGUCGGGGGAGUGGAGGCACCGAGCGGGAACAUGGACCCCACCCCCGGUACAGCUGCCCCGUCCUCACCUCUGCCCGGACCCUCCGUGGAGAUGGUCACCAGAGAGCAGCUGCUGCAGAGCUGGACAGCGGUGAGCUUUGACGAGAGCACAGCCUCGGGGGAGCUGCGUGUCUCGGAGCAGGGUGCGCUGGCCAGUAACGUGUGGCCGGAGAGCCAGGAGCGUGCAGAGGGGCGGGGGCGCUUCCAGCGGCUCUGCCAGGUGCUGGGGCUGCCGGGGUUGGAAGGCCGGCACUACUGGGAGGUGGCGGUGAGUGGGCAGCCGGUGAUGGUGGGUCUGGCCCACAGCGAGAUGGAUCGCCGGCGCCGGGACAAUGCCUCUCUGCUGGGGCGCAACCCUUUCUCCUGGUGCCUGGAGGUGUCCCAGGGCAAGGCAGUUGCCUGGCACGACAGGCAGCCGGGGGGCACGCUGCAAGCCCCGCACUCUAACAUCGGCCUGCUGCUCGACCUCCCGCAACACACCCUGACCUUCUACAGCCUCGGCCCUGCCCCCACCCUGCUCCACCGCUUCUCCGGACCCUUCCUCCAUACCCUGUUCCCCGCCUUCUACAUCAACCGGAAAGCCAGUGUCCGCAUCCUGCCCCGCAACUGGGUCACGGGGAAAUUGGUGUAGGGUCACGGGGCAACAGGAUUAAGGGCACAGGGUAAAGGGCAAUGGGCGGAGGGUGUAGGGGAAACGGACGUAAGGUCCAGUUUAGUCAUUGUCUCGUGCACCGAGGUUCAGCGAAAAGCUUUUUGUUGCGUGUUACCCAGUCAGUGGAAAGCCGAUCAAGCAUCCCACAGUGUACAUGAACAGUACAACAUUUAGACUAACAUAAUGUCCAAUUCAAUAUAAUUCAAAGGUCACGAAUGGGGUAAUUGGGAGUUCAGGGCUGCUCUCUAGUUGCUGAUAGGAUGGUUCAGUUGCCUGAUAACAACUGGGACUAAACUGUCCCUGAAUGUGGAGGUGUGCGUUUCCACACUUCUGUACCUCUUGCCUGAUAGGGAGAGGAGAGAACAAGGGGUGAGACUGUUCCUUGGUUUUGCUGGUGGCCUUGCCAAGGCAGCGUGAGGUAAUAGAUUGUCAUUGAAAGGGAGGUUGGUCUGGGCUACAUCCACUGCACUGCAUCAUGGGCCAAUGGGCGUAGGGUCACAGGGUGUAGAGUCACAGGGGCAAUGGUCAUAGGAUCAUCAGGUGUAGGGUCACAGGGACAAUCAAUGGGUGUCGGGUCAUAGGAUCAACCUGGGUCAAUUAGGGUCCCAGUUCCACAGCGGCUCCCUCUGCCCCUCCCUCACCCCGACACUGCCCUGUGAGGGGCAACUGCGCGCGUGACAGAACAGCUGAGCACGGAUGUGUAACGGCAUUUAUUGGAGCUGAUGUUGACACAAGCAGUACAAGCUGAUGUACAGAGGAUAAUAAAGUGUGGCAUGUCGCCGCGGCAGUGAACCUGG